AUGGCACAAGCAUCUGGUAGGACUGUUUGCAUUAUAUGUGGCAAAGAAAAGGCCACAUUUAAGUGUGGAGGAUGUUCGCAAGAAUUUUGUUUUAACCAUUUGGGAGAUCACAAACAAGAACUAAGUAAACAAUUUGAUGAAGUUGAAGCUAAUCGUGAUGUCUUUCAACAAACACUUACUGAGCAAACAGCUAAACCAGAAAAACAUCCAUUAAUACAACAAAUUGAUACAUGGGAAUGUGAUUCAAUCAAUAAAAUCCGACAAAAAGCAGAAGAAGCAAGACAAAUAAUACUUACACAUAUUACUGAAUCCAUGAGACAAAUAGAAAGAAGAUUAAAUCAGUUGACUGAUCAAUUACGACAAAGUCAUGCAGAAAAUGAUUUUUUUGAAACAGAUUUACAUCGAUGGAAUAAUGAUUUGACUCAAUUGAAAGAAGAACUUACUAAACCAUCAAAUAUCAAUCUUCGGCAAGAUGCUACACCACUUAUUACUACGUUUUCAAUUGAUGUCAAAUCUUAUAAGUCUGGUAGGUAUUCUGAAUUACAAGGAUAUUAA